GCGACCUAGAAUUUCAUCUUGCUUCCAUCUAGCGUGGCCCAUCGAAGCUCAGCAUUCUUCGUGAGAUCCACAGGCUCACUGACGGCCUUCCACUGGUGCUCGGAUAGUAGUGGGGAACCAUUUCCUUUUAUACUUUAUCUUGGUCUAUACGAUUCUAUGACAAACCUCCAUGGACGACCACUCUGAUGACCCCCAAUUAACUGAAUAUGCAGUUCGUACAGGCGAACCAUCCGACCUAUCUCAAGGCUUUGCCUACGACCAGCACCGACCGGCUUCCCCGAAGUUUUCGACGACUCUAUACGGACAUCAUGCCGACAUCGGUCCCUCCACUGAAGAUACACAAAUGUUAGUUCACGACGGGGGUUAUAACUCCUCGGAUUCAUCUACACAGCUUUCUGGUCAUCUAUUGAACGACGAUCUGAAUGAAGACCUCGAACACCAACGUUCCAGAGCUUCGAGUCGCUCUUCGGUCUCGUCGAUCCCUGCCUCGGUGCUCACAAAUAUGGCGGAUGGAAUGAAGACGGCCAUACAUGACAAUAUGCUCUCUCACAGUUGGCAGGACCAUGAUGACAAGGCGCAUAACAAGUUGGACGGGCAUCUGCGCUCGAUACGGCACCGGGAAGCCGCUUUCCGGAAGCCAAGCUCGGUAAAAGCAAUGCAGAUGCACACGGAGGAUGAAGGAGAUGAUGAAUUCUUGACCCCACCCAAGCGCAGAGGUGGCCAGCGCUUUUCGGACAUUUCGAUCAGGUCUGCCGGUUCAUCGCCGCUGAGAAAGUUUCAUCAUUAUUCGCCGUCAGGGUCUGCAGGUAAGCCCAAGGUUAAAAAGGAGUAUCCACUGGUACUUCUACACUGUAACCUGCUUCCACCUUCUCUUCCUGUGCCAGGCGCGAUGGGUUACCACAACCAGAAGAUACUCCAAGAGGUUUUGCCCCCGGAGUAUUGGAGGCGCUGGAAGCUGCUGGAAGAGAAGGUCGGAUCUGGUGUGCUCCGUGAGCGUGGAGUGCUUAUCUCUCACCCGGAGGACCUGUAUGACUUGCUAGAAGAGCGGCUACUGGAGAGUCUAGAGCUACAACGCCCAAGGCUAGAUCAUGGCCAUUUCCUGGGGCAUGAUGAGGACGACUCUGAUAGAGACGAUCAGUCAGUAAGAGAGAGCGCUACGGAUGAGGAAGAGGGGGAGGAGUGCCCUGAUUGUGGAGGACACGUGGUGCGCCACAAUAACGAAGGCAGAAAAUGGGAGAUCAAGGUAUUCGCAGCCAAUGGACUGAUGAGAGCCGGGGCAUGGGCAGCAGCUUGGAAGGAAAUGGAAAAGGUCGAUGUUGAAGUUGGCCUUUGGCUUCCUUCGGAGAUCAGGAGGGAAUUGGAGAGGCGACUGUUGGAGCAAGAGGUGGACCACUUCGAGAACCGAUUGCAGGUUCCGCAUUUGCAGGCGCCUGAGCAUGAAAUGUCCGCCGAAGUGCGCCGCCCUUCCCUACAUGACCGUACACCUUCCUCGGCAAUUGAUGAGUCCAGUUCUUUUGUUCCGGACCCUAUCGAAUCCGCCCCAGUUACAGAAGGAAAAGCUGCUAGAGAGCAACAAAUACCAGAGCCUCAAUAUGUUCCACGAUCAAGUGACGAUAUCGAUCUACAGACGUUGCUGGUGAACUACGUUCGAGUAUUGGCUAGUGACCGACGCAACGUCGCAAUUGCCGUGCUCAGCCUCCUGGUUCUGUUCCUCGCGGUCAAUUCUGGGCCCCAAGCAAACCAAUCGGCUCUCCGGCCAUUCCCCCAGGACAUUCUGGAAGCUGCAUCUGCUUCUACAUCAGUGACGUCGCCGAUGUAUUCUUCGUCUGCGAGCUGGGAUAGGCCUACGAGUUGCGCAAGUUCAAGCAUUGAGGUCCAGCAUAUUGGAGAAAUAAGCUCGAUUACUUCUAGCUCUCGGGAGAUUCUGCAAAGCGCGGCGACGCCCUUGAGUUCAGUAUCAAUUGCUCCCGCGGAGAUUCCCAAGGCUGUGUCCGAUUAUCCCCCACCGCCACAGGCAGAGCCCGAGGCAAGCUCUUCUGUGGAAAAUCCGCUUGUUAUUCGAGAUCUAGAGCCGGUGACCCCUUUGAGGCUAGAGCCUAUGGAGCAUCCGGCGGCGGAGGCCCCACUACUAGACCGUCCAGAACUGAUUCAGCCGGUGAGCCCGGCAAUGGAAGUAGUCAUCCAUGCGAACCAAGAGGCGGACGACUAAACGACGUAUAUGAGCUAUAAUGCCGUUAGGAUGUGAUUGAUGACCGAUAUGAGACAUUUAUUGCUUAUUUUGUUUAUUUUGCCUGACUUGUUUGUUUCUCUGCAGUUAGUGUCUGUUUCUGAUUAAUAUUUCACUAUGGACUCUGUAUUUACCCCAGAAGUAGCG